CAUUAGCAUCCGAGCAUAGUGCCUCAUCAACCCCUGUACAAAGUAAGGUCCAACCGUGGACAACUGUGAAAGGAAGGAUGAGUAACAAACCUCCCCAACAAAGAAGUUUGCAACUGGAGAACAGAUUUGCUCCACUGUUGCAGGACCCUGGAUCUCGAUCUGAUGCCCUGGAUAAUCUCAACUCUUCACACAGCAGGGUAAGAACCAAAAGCAACUCUGAAGGUAAAAGGCUACCGGGAAAGCUAACAACUGGGCCUCAAACUCAAACUCUGAUUGUGGGUGAUGCUGCUGUUAAAGAUGUGAAAAGCAUGUGGAGUAAAGACAUCAAAGUACUCUGUUUUCCCAAAGAUAUGGUCUCUGAUCUGGCAGAAAGAAUCCUGGAUAUUGUGACUGCACACCCAAAUGUGAAAAAUGUGGUAUUGCACAUUGGGUCGAAUGAUGUUGUGAAGCAACAGUCUGAAGUGCUGAAACGGGACUUUACUGGUCUGCUAAACACGGUCAGCUCUGUGAAUGCUCAGGUGUUUAUCAGUGGACCCCUGCCGCCAAUCAGAAGAGGAGUCGAGAGAUUCAGCAGGUUGCUGGGACUGAACACAUGGCUUUCAACAGCAUGUAAAUCCCACUCAGUGCAUUUUAUUGACAAUUUUAACUUUUUUUGGGACCGCAGACAUCUCUUCAAGGCAGAUGGACUCUGCCUAAACAAGUCAGGAGCAAAAUUAUUCAACUCCAACCUAUUCUACUUCCUGCGUCAUUCAUCUGUUCCUUCUGCCAAGGACGCGAGACAAGAGGAAUCACCACUGGAGGAAGACACAACACAAUGUGCCAGGGGACCUCAAGGAGAAUCAUUUCACCCCCCACCACAAGCCAGCCCUGGGAUACAACAGAGACAAGAGGAGGCGUCCUCAUCCUCACUUAUCACCCUUUCUCCCUCCUCCCCCCUCUUGGAGUUCACUGACCACAUGAAGGAGCUGGUCAAUGCUGGAACUAAACUUACUCCCCGCCCUACACCCAUUUUCUCUCCCAUGAUCCCCCCACGAGGUCGACCUCGAACAACUUUGGCACUAUCUCCACAAGCACGACACCCACAACCUCCAUCCCCUCCACAAUGGAAUCAGCCUCUGUCUCCGCAGCCUGAUAAGGAUGUUCCUUUACAAAAUGUUGCAAGCACAGAUUGACAUGUGCUGGGUCCAGGCUUCAAGGCUAAUGAUACACGUGACUGUUUCCAGGAUAAGCUGGGGCCCUGUGUGAUGAGAGCUUCUUCUAUCUCAGUUCUAAUAAGUAGUAGAAAAAGAAUGGUGAAUCUGCAAAGAAACAGGAAGAUUUUUACUGAUUGUGCUAAUU